AUGCAGGGAGACCACAAUUCCGAAGGUGGGAAUAAUGUAUUGGAUUCAUUUUUUUCACCUGGUUUUAAUAAAGAGCAAGAGAUGUCGGCAAUGGUGGCAGCUUUGACUCACGUGGUGGCGGGUGAUGUGAAUGAAGAGGUGGUGGCGGAGGCAGGCGGCGGAAGUGGUGGUGGUGGCAGCACUGCGGCUGCUAGUUCUACAUCUGCAUGGGCGUGGAGUGUUGGAGAUAAGAGGGGACGUGAAGAGCAAAUGAAUGAGAAGUUUUCUGAACCAGUCCCAACAGUUUGCAGUGAAUACAGUAAUUUUUCUAUCGGAAGUUCCAGUAUAGGGUCAGCUGCAGAAGGAUCUAUGAUUCAGACAAGUGCAGUAUAUACCUACAUUCCCACGCAUGACAACAACAUAGAAUACCACGAAGGAAUCCCAAGAAGAAAAUACAGAGGAGUGAGAAUGAGGCCAUGGGGGAAAUGGGCUGCUGAAAUAAGAAAUCCAUAUAAAGCUACAAGAGUUUGGUUAGGCACAUUUGACACUGCAGAGGAUGCUGCUAGAGCUUAUGAUGAGGCUGCUUUAAGGUUCAGAGGCAACAAGGCCAAACUAAAUUUCCCAGAAAAUGUCAGGUUAUUGCCAUCUUCUUCGUCCACCUCCGUGUCCCGGUCGAGCGUUUUGUUUCCUCCGAAUACACUUUUUUCAAUUUCAACUUCAUCCGAACCCAUUGUUCAUACUCGAGCUCAAAGUAUUAUUAUUCCCAAGAGACACGAGUUCAUGAACCUUGAUGAUAUUCAAAGACAGCCCACGAGUUCGUUGGAUCAGUUGUUUCAAUCAUCGACAUGUUCGACUUUUCAAUCUUCAUCUCCGUCUUUGUAUGAUCGCACUAUUUUUCCAUCGACGACCUCUUCUCCGCUGUUUUUUCCAGCUCAGCCAAGGGAUAAUCUCAUAGCAGCAAACAGUCCAAGUAGUGAGGCUGAUUUUUCUUGGGGGGAUUCAAGUCAUCAGACUUCUUCAGGAUAA